UAUUCGCGAGGCGAGGCUUCGCGCGUGCACGCCACGAAAACCACCGUUGUUAUCCAGCUGGAAGAAAUAAAAACAGGACUGCCAUCCAUUUCUUUUUCUGCGAUCGAUAAUGAGCAUCGAGGGUAAGAUCGCGAUCGUAACCGGUGGAGCGAACGGAAUCGGCUUCUGCACCGCUCGUAAGCUACUUCGAAAUGGGGCGAAGGCGGUGGCUCUGUUGGAUUUAAGCGAUUCUGGUGGUGAGAGCGCAGCUGCAGAUUUAAACAAUGAAUUUGGAAAGGACAGAGCCAUUUUUAUUGCUUGUGAUGUAUCAAAGAACGAGCAAUUUCAAGAAUCGUUCAAGAAAGUUAUUGACACGUAUGAAACUUUAAACAUUCUUGUAAAUAUCGCGGGUAUUAUGGAUGAUGCAGAUUGGGAAAUUAUGGUCGAUAUUAACUACAAAGGUAUCGUUUAUGGAACUAUCUUAGGCUUGCACACAAUGGGAAAAUAUAAGGGUGGCAAUGGUGGUAUUAUCGUGAACAUGUCUUCUGUAGCUGGUCUCGAAGGUAUCCCUAUAGCGCCUAUUUAUGGCGGAACACAGUACGCCAUUGUUGGAUUCACUCAAUCAUUGAAGCAUUAUUAUGAAAAAACUGGCAUCCGCAUGUUGACGAUAUGUCCUGGAUUGACAACCACAGCUAUGGCUGCCAGAUUCAUGUCCACCAAAGAACAUGCUAUGGAUCUUCUCGACGAAGAAACAGCGGCUAUGGCGAUGGUCACUAUGCAAAAACAACCGCCGGAACACGUAGCAAGUGCCAUUAUCCAAUUAAUCGAGCAGGGGGCGAAUGGCGCAAUAUUCGUUAUCGAAAAUAAUCAACCUCCUUAUGCAGUCGAAUUUCCUAAUUAUACCACUUUAAAAAUCAUGACAGACAAUAUCAAGAACAAAACAGCUUUAAUCACCGGUGGAACCGUUGGACUUGGUUUCGUCUAUGCUAAAAGAUUGUUAGAAAAUGGAGCAAAGUGCGUUGCUCUUCUCGAUUUGAGUUCUUCUCCUGGUCAACAAUCGGCAAAUAAUUUGGAAAAAGAAUUUGGAAAGGGCAAGGCGAUAUUCUAUGUUUGUGACGUGACCAAGAUUAAUGAAUUCGAAGCGGUGUUCAAAAAAGUUGUGAGCGAUUUGAAUGGCUUAGAUAUUGUCAUUAACAAUGCUGGUAUAUACAACGACAAAAAAUGGGAGCAAACUAUGUGUAUAAAUGUCGGUGGUGUAAUCCAAGGAUCAUUGCUCGCUUUUGAUCAUAUGAGCAAGCUCAAAGGUGGUAAAGGUGGCACUAUAGUAAAUAUUGCGUCGAUCGUGGCUCUAGAUAUUAUAUACAGUAAUCCCGUUUACUGUGCUAGCAAACACUGUGUAUUGGCAUUCAGUCGUUGCUUGGCGAGAUACUACAAUAAUAGUGGAAUUCGCAUUCUCAUAAUGUGCCCUGGUGUCACAACUACGACUUUACUUGAAAAUCCUAUUUCUAAAGCUUUUGAUUUUGUUACGCAAAAUGAUUUUUAUAAUUGCUUAGGAAAAGAGAUUCCGCAAACGCCGGAACAUGUUGGAGAUGCCAUGGUAAAGCUUAUCGAGAAAGGCAAAAAUGAAGCUGUAUGGGUUUGUAAAGAAGGUAAACAACCCUAUGCUGUUGAAUUUCCUCCAUUGAAAAAAGUAGAACUUCAAUUAUAUAAAAAAAAAAUGCAGAUCAAAGAUAAAAGAGUUAUCAUAACAGGAAUGGCAAGUGGGUUAGGUUUGACUAUUAGCAGAGAAUUGCUGAGAAAUGGAGCAUCUAUAAUAGCGAUGAUAGAUACCGAAGAAUCAGGCAAGGAAACAGUGGAUAUAUUAAAUAAGGAAUUCGGACGCAACCGUACUAUAUUCUACCAUUGUAAUAUUGCAAACAAUUCUGAAUUUGAUGAUACGUUUAAAAAAGCUGUGAAAGCACUUGGUGGAUUAGAAAUUCUAGUAAAUAAUGCUGAUAUAAUGAACGAAACUGAUUUCAUGAAAACUAUUGACGUAAAUGUGACUUCAGUGAUACGUGCAACGCUUCUAGGAAUCCAACAAAUGCAAAAAGAUCUCGGAGGUAAAGGAGGAGCUAUAGUAAACAUAUCAUCUUUGACUGGUCUCUAUGCUACACCUCAACUACCAGUAUAUUCAGCCACGAAACAUGCUGUGGUUAGCUUCAGUCGUUCUUUUGCGCAACCAUAUCAUUAUAAAAGAACUGGAGUAAAAAUAUUAGUCAUGUGCCCUGACCUUCCUCAAAUUAUCGAUGUGAAAAAUUUAGAGAACAACGUCCCACAUGAUGAUGUAAUACAGAAAUAUUUUAGAAGAAUGCUUAGUAUCGCACAUGGAUUAGUUUAUGUGCUGAGAUGCGCCCAGAAUGGAAGUAUUUGGAUCAGUGAAGAUGGAAAACCUGUAUACGAAAUACUACUAUUCGAUAGUUUACCACAAAAGAACGAUGAUUUCACAUUGGAUGAAUCUAAAUUGCAAAUAAAUUAAACUGUCGAUUAUAUUGUAAAUAAAAAUAUAUGUUUUGUACAUAAUAUA